CUAAGGGUAGUAUCCCUACUCAUCUUGGACCCUUGUCUUUAACCCUCUCUCCUUCUUCCUUCAUUCAUUCCCUAAAUCUCAAAAACUUCUCAUCACUUUCUCUCUCCUACUACUAGCUUAUCAAACUCUUAAGAAGAAACCUAGCUAGCUACAAGUAUUUGAUAGAGAUCAAUCGACUAACAUAUAUACAACCGUCUCACACAAGAAUUAGUCGCGGUUUUAAGAUCGAAAGACUAAUUAAUUAAAUGGGGAGACCUCCUUGUUGUGAUAAAAUUGGUGUGAAGAAAGGCCCAUGGACACCUGAAGAAGAUAUCAUUUUAGUCUCUUAUAUUCAAGAACAUGGUCCUGGUAAUUGGAGGGCUGUUCCUACUAAUACUGGAUUGCGUAGAUGCAGUAAGAGUUGCAGGCUAAGAUGGACUAAUUAUCUUCGCCCUGGUAUUAAAAGAGGCAAUUUCACUCAACAAGAAGAAAAGACUAUUAUCCAUCUUCAAGCUCUUUUGGGAAAUAGAUGGGCAGCCAUAGCAGCCUACCUCCCACAGAGGACAGACAAUGAUAUAAAGAAUUACUGGAAUACCCAUCUGAAGAAGAAGCUAAAGAAGUUAGAAGAAGGGCAAGAUGGUCAAAACACAUCCUCACAAGAAGGGUUAUCCUCAAACUCAACAUCUUCCACCUCUUCUUCCUACAACAACUCUAACAAAGGGCAGUGGGAAAGGAGACUCCAAACUGAUAUUCACAUGGCCAAACAAGCCCUUUGUGAAGCCCUAUCUAUUGACAAACCCGAACUUUUCCCCCAUCCAAGCCCAAACUCGAGCCCGACCCUAAGCCUGAUAACCCAACAGCAACAGUCUACCUACGCCUCAAACACCGAAAACAUCGCUAGGUUACUCGAGAAUUGGACGACCCGAAAACCCGUGUCGGGUGCCCUAACCCCAAAGUCACCUCAAGAGUCUACUACUCAAACCACUUGUAAUGACAAUGAGGAGUUUAAGUCACUCUUAAGCUUUAACUCAAACUCAAACUCAAACUCAAACUCGUCUACCACCACCACAACCGACAACCACUCGAGGGUGUCUCCGUCGAUGGAGGUGUUCCAAGACGAGAGCAAGCCAAUGUUUGCGGCUGCGGCUGCGGCUGCGGCUGCGGCUGAGGAGCAAGUGCCACUCUCUCUACUAGAGAAAUGGUUGUUUGAGGAAGGUGUUAUUAGUCAUGAUCAUGUAAACUUGAUGGACUUGUCCUUAGAUGCUGCGACUGCUGAUCUUUUCUAGAAGAUACAAAUAAAUUAAAACUAUCAUUGAGUUUUUUUUUGUUUUUUUUCUUCUCUUUUCUUAAUUAGUGUUUUAAUUAAGAGGAGAUUGAAAGUCACUUACUGGUGAUGCAAGAGACAUCAAAAGUGUAAAUUAGUAAUUACGGAGAUUAUUAAUUAUUAGUAGUUUGUGACUAGUGUUAAUCAUGAUCAUCAUCCAAAUGUAUACAUAUAUAAAUCAUGCUUAAUUAUGUGGUUUUUAUAUUGGAUAGAAAUAAAAAGAUCCAAUGCUAUUUUACUAAUUAA